CCGGGACGCCGAGUGAGCAGGACGCACGUCGAAACGCGCCGUGCCGAACGGGGCCGUGACUACCGUGUGACAACAGCAGUGUGACAACAGUGUGACAACGGCGUGACAAGUUCGUCUUCCGCCUGGAGGUGUUUUCGCCGAGCGUUUUGCGCAGCGUUCGCACAGUGCAGCCGCAGGACUGGCUUUACUAGCCCCAAGUGGAUUGGAUUAUUCAGCACUCCUCCGUCGCCAUCGGUGGACUCGGAUCAGGAUAACGCCCUGCUUUGAGUGAUGCGGCCCCAGGUCCCCCAGGUGCGCGCGGCGUGAUGGCGCUGCACCAGGCCAUGGCGGUGGGCGUCCAUGCGAGCGUGCCCUGCUUGUCGUCCUCGCCGAGCCAUGACUCGAGCAGCACGGACGGGCUCGGACAGGGCCUCGGCCAGGGCCACGGCCUCGACGGCCUCCACCACCUCGGCCACGGCCAGGGCCACGGCCAGGGCCAUGCCGGCGAGGGCGGCGCCUUCGCGUCCUCCUGCAGCUACUCCGGCCAGCAGCACCCGCAGCCGCCGCAGCAGCACGGCUUCGUCGUGUUCCCGCACGGCUCCAAGAAGAGCGUCUUCACGGAGGAGCAGGUAGCCACCAUGUGCGAGGCGCUGCAGCAGUCCCGCAACGUGCACAGGCUGGCCGACUUCCUCUGGAAGCUGCCCACGGACCUGCUGUGCCAGGGCGAGGCCGUGCUGCGGGCGCGGGCGCGCGUCGCCUUCGAGCACGGCAACUACAAGGAGCUGUACGGCAUCCUGGAGGGGCACAUCUUCGACCAGCGCUACCACGGCGAGCUGCAGGAGAUGUGGUAUAAGGCCCACUACAGGGAGGCGGAGAAGAUGAGGCAGCGGCCGCUCGGCGCGGUGGACAAGUACCGCCUGCGCAAGAAGUACCCGCUGCCCAAGACCAUCUGGGACGGCGAGGAGACGGUGUACUGCUUCAAGGAGCGGUCGCGCACCAUCCUCAAGAACUUCUACGCGCGGAACCGGUACCCCACGCCGGACGAGAAGAAGAACCUGGCCAAGAAGACGGGGCUGUCGCUGACGCAGGUCAGCAACUGGUUCAAGAACCGGAGGCAGCGCGACCGGACGCCGCAUCAGCAGCGCAGUGAAAUGAUGCUGGGUUGCCACGGCGACGGCCUGCUGGGGGGCGGUUCCCCGGUGGGGGGCGUGUCGCUGGGUGGCGCCCCCUUGGGGGUGGGGGCGUGCUCCAACAUCAAGAACCUCUACGCGGUGGCCGCCGUCAAGCUGUACGGCGGCGGCAGCCUCGACAACCUCGUCAAGCACGAGCCGUCCUUGGGGAUGGCGCACAACGCGCACAACGCGGCCUCCUCCAUGACGACGCAGCAGCUGCACCGGUCCUACUCCUCGCACUACGGCUACGACACCAGCAUGCUGGCCAGCCUGCACCAGAACACCGCGCACUAGAGCCAGCGCCAGCUUAGCGCCGCGUCGGCCUCUAGGACAGCUCGGCCGCACCCAGACGCCUGGAGCCUGGAGCCGCCUCUUGCCGUCGAUACUCCACGACGCGAGGUUCUUUUCGAACUGUGGAAAACUGUGGUCGUCGAUCGACUGAGAAGCGUUGAGGCAAUGACGGUACCCCUCGUUUUGGUGCUUUUCCUCGUGUGAGGUUGACGAAAUCAUGAGAGAGAUCUAUGAUUGUUCGAAGAUUGUUGAAAGGCAUUGUUACUCACUGAAUAAUAUAAUGUUUAAGUUUUUAUAUAGUAAUUAGAAGGUGCUUUCCACUUGAUAUUAUAGGUAAUUUCUAUCUCAUUAAUUGCAUUACAGUCUUAUUGUGUUGUGAAAGCUGAGACAGGCCAUAAACAGUCCUUUAAUAUUUUCAAAUAUCUGUAAGUGUAUUUCAGUUUUCCUCUUCAAUGUUCUAGUUCCUUGUGACCAAACCAUCUGUUCUGCAAGCAUGAACUUUCCUUUAGCUGUGAUGAAUAUGGAGCCAAAGUUUAGUUGUAUUGUUAUAUGUGUUAGAAGAUAUUAAAUUUGUAAGAUAAAAUAUAUGAUUAUACACUAAGAAUAAGUUUUGUUUUCCUUUUUUU